CAGUCGACUGCAGGAGACACCCUCCUCGAAAUCUCACUCUACCAGAUUUCCUCUCGCAUUAUCGCUUAUCCGAGUAUCCACUCAUUCAUCCCUCCAAAAUGCGCGAAAUUGUGCAUUUGCAAGCCGGUCAGUGCGGGAACCAGAUCGGAGCCAAGUUCUGGGAGGUGAUCAGUGAUGAGCACGGCAUUGAUCCCACCGGUACCUACCAUGGAGACAGCGAUCUGCAGCUAGACAGGAUCAGUGUCUACUACAAUGAGGCCACAGGGGGAAAGUAUGUUCCCCGUGCCAUCCUGGUGGAUCUGGAGCCUGGCACCAUGGACUCAGUCAGGUCUGGGCCCUUUGGGCAGAUCUUCAGACCUGACAACUUUGUCUUUGGGCAGAGCGGAGCUGGAAACAACUGGGCCAAGGGCCACUACACUGAGGGAGCAGAGCUGGUGGACUCAGUCCUGGAUGUGGUAAGGAAGGAGGCCGAGAGCUGCGACUGCCUCCAGGGCUUCCAGCUCACACACUCCCUUGGUGGUGGCACCGGCUCCGGCAUGGGCACCCUGCUCAUCAGCAAGAUCCGCGAGGAGUACCCCGACCGCAUCAUGAACACCUUCAGCGUUGUGCCCUCACCCAAAGUGUCCGACACUGUGGUGGAGCCCUACAAUGCCACCCUCUCCGUUCACCAGCUGGUGGAAAACACAGAUGAAACCUAUUGCAUUGACAAUGAAGCUCUCUAUGAUAUCUGCUUCCGCACACUUAAGCUCACCACACCCACCUACGGAGACCUCAACCACCUUGUGUCUGCCACCAUGAGCGGGGUGACCACCUGCCUGCGUUUCCCCGGCCAGCUCAAUGCUGAUCUCCGCAAACUGGCAGUCAACAUGGUGCCCUUCCCCCGUCUGCACUUCUUCAUGCCCGGCUUUGCCCCCCUGACCAGCAGGGGCAGCCAGCAGUACCGCUCUCUAUCAGUGCCUGAGCUCACCCAACAAAUGUUUGAUGCCAAGAACAUGAUGGCGGCAUGCGACCCCCGUCACGGCCGCUACCUCACCGUGGCCGCCGUGUUCAGGGGCCGCAUGUCCAUGAAGGAGGUGGACGAGCAGAUGCUCAAUGUGCAGAACAAGAACAGCAGCUACUUUGUCGAGUGGAUCCCGAACAAUGUGAAGACCGCCGUCUGUGACAUCCCACCACGUGGCCUCAAAAUGGCUGCCACAUUCAUUGGCAACAGCACAGCCAUCCAGGAGCUGUUCAAGCGCAUCUCCGAGCAGUUCACCGCCAUGUUCCGCCGCAAGGCCUUCCUCCACUGGUACACUGGCGAGGGCAUGGACGAGAUGGAGUUCACUGAGGCUGAGAGCAACAUGAACGACCUGGUGUCUGAGUACCAGCAGUACCAGGACGCCACCGCUGAGGAGGGUGAAUUCGAGGAAGAGGGAGAGGAGGAAGUCGCAUAAACCUUCAACCCACACAGCUGCCAAACCUCAUUUCACCCCUCACACCCCAAACCCCAAACCCCAUCCCCUUCAUCCCUCUCCAUUAUGAAUUGGAUUGCCACACUCGGAAAAACCAUCACCCUCAACCACUGUUGCUCUAGUGUUAGAGAUCGAUGUUAACUGAUACUAGUGGUGUUUUUUUUUGUUAAAACUCUGUUUUUUGUAUGUUGUGAAUGCACUGAAUUAUGUACAUCCUCAACAUCUACCCCCUCAUUGCCUUGCUGAAUUCAAAAGCAAGUGAUUCUAACUGUGAAGCCUUGAUAUUGGAGAAUGAUUAAAUAUUUGUAUCUGAUUAAAGGCUACUUCUACUGC